CGAAGUCGAACAUCGAGUCAGGCCACAGCGUCGUCCACAUGACAGACGACAACCUCCAAGAGUGUCCUGUCCAGUCAAGCCACGGGGACAACUCGCUUGAUGCCUCCGCAAGCAAUUAAGAUUCAAUCAUCCUAUACGUAACUGUAACGUUCCCUCCCAGCCAUGGCGAAGUGCAUGGCCGCAUUGACCACGUGUCCGAUUGAUGUGAUGUACUCCUCGUGUUGGACCUUGCGUGCAUUCCACUACUUUCCUGCGUAAGGAACCGCCGAUUCCGGCAACUGAACAGUGUCAGUGAGCAUACUGUUCGAUUAUUAACCAAUCAUCACGCGCGAUUAGGAGGACUUGGCUUGCAUCUCGUGGAUUGGCUGAGUUUUAGCCAAUCAAAUAUCAUUUCAGUUAUUGGAGCAGCAGCUUUACACUCAUUGGGUGGUCGUCCUGGCAUCAGCAUGUGACUCGAAUCUACUUUCCAUUUAGCCGUGAUCUACGUGUGAGCUUAUCCAUCACUAUGUCUGACUCUGCCGUGAACCCCAAAGCGUACCCGUUGGCCGAUGCCAAGUUGACUGUGAGCAUCUUGGACCUGGUGCAACAAGCCACCAACUACAAGCAGAUCAAGAAGGGUGCGAACGAAGCCACCAAGACCCUCAACCGCGGGAUCUCGGAAUUCAUCAUCAUGGCCGCCGACACGGAACCCCUUGAAAUCUUGCUCCACUUGCCGUUGUUGUGCGAAGACAAGAACGUCCCGUACGUGUUCGUCCCUUCCAAAGUCGCGUUGGGCCGAGCGUGCGGCGUGUCCCGCCCCGUCAUCUCUGCGUCCAUCACGUCCAACGAUGCGUCGCAAUUGGGCCCCCAAAUCCGCGCCAUGCGUGAACAAAUCGAGCAAUUGCUCAUCUAAGUGCAGCAACUACUUCGACCACAUUCGAGCGUAGCGCAUGUUAACUUAUAACAUGUACACUUCCCACUCUAGCGCCUCAAUAGUGACCUACAUAAUACUACAGUGUAGUAGUAGUAAUAUGAAUGUAAAACCAAUUCAAAUUGGAC